UUUUAUGUUGUUUGAAUGUUGUGUGAACGUUGUGUGCAUGAUUUCCCUGUCUCUGUAUCCCAGGUCUUUUUGCUCCUGUCUCUGCUGGCUCCUGUAGCCGUCCUCUCUCAGUUCUACCUCCCUCAGGACUGUGAUGACAUCUAUCAACAUGACAACACCAAACCCAGUGGGGUGUACACCAUCUACCCUGGGGGUCCCAUCACCCCCUUGCACGUCUACUGUGACAUGAACACGGAAGGAGGGAGGUGGACUGUGUUCCAGCGGAGAAUGGAUGGAACAGAGAACUUCUUCAGACCCUGGGAAAACUACAAAUCUGGCUUUGGGAACGUGGCUGGAGAAUACUGGCUUGGUCUGGACAACAUCUUCCUCCUGACGAUGAGGAAGAAGAAUGAGCUGAGAGUGGACAUGGAGGACUUUGAGGGAGGGAAAGUUUAUGCUAAAUACACGUCCUUCUUCAUUGAUCCUGAGAACUACGGAUACACACUGAGACUGGGCACUUAUGUAGACGGAGGGGCAGGGGACUCCUUGUCGUAUAGCAACGGCAUGAAGUUCAGCACCUACGACAAAGACCAAGAUACCUGGGGUGACAACUGUGCCAGGCGCAACAUGGGUGGAUUCUGGUACGGUGCCUGUACGCAUGCUAACCCUAACUCCCUGUACGCACCACAUCAGGGAACUUCUUUAGCUAAUAUGAAGUUUUAUUGGCAGCACUGGAAAGGGGUAAACUACUCUCUGAAAAGCAUUUCCUUUAAGAUCAGGGCUGUCUCUGAUGCUGUGAAUGUUCAGGAGCAGGAGUAACAUACCUGACUCUAUCAGUCCUGACCUAAUGUCACCAUCUCUAAAUGACUCCACAUAUACAAUGUGGAGGAGGGGGCACCAGAGCUAGCCAGUCAGACACUAACACCUAGAGAAUAAUAUGGUCACAACAUUAUCACUGUAACACUGACACCUAGAGAACAAUGCAGUCACUACAUUAUCACUAUAACACUGACACCUAGAGAACAGUACGGUCACUACAUCAUCACUAUAACACUGACACCUAGAGAACAGUACAGUCACUACAUUAUCACUAUAACACUGACACCUAGAGAAUAAUAUGGUCACAACAUUAUCACUGUAACACUGACACCUAGAGAACAAUGCAGUCACUACAUUAUCACUAUAACACUGACACCUAGAGAACAGUACGGUCACUACAUCAUCACUAUAACACUGACACCUAGAGAAACAAUAUUGUCACUACAUCAUCACUAUAACACUGACACCUAGAGAAACAAUAUGGUCACUACAUCAUCACUAUAACACUGACACCUAGAGAAACAAUAUGG